AUGAGAGCAUCAGCUGUUCCGGACGACUGUGUGAUCACGCUCUCCAUGGCCGACUUGAGCGAAGGGCCCGGCAACACCAGAGUUGUUGAGAUAUCAGACAUUGUCAACCGGAUCGCCCCUAAGGAUGCCCAGCAUGUCUCUGUGGAUAGUCCUCUGCUCCAGUGGAUUGGGGACAGUGCUGUCCCAUGUACCCCAGAGGUACGCCCGCCCAAAGCAAGGAAGAAAUCCACUCGGAAAAGCUCAGUGGAGGACUUGAUGCAGCUGGCCAGGCAGUUUGACAUCAACAUGCACCAGCAGGACCGAGAGAAGAGGAGCGCGGAACACACACACAAUACCAUAAACAACAACCGCUACGGGGAGGAACCCAAGGGCCCGACGACAAUGUCCUCAUCAGCCCAGCAGGUAGAGGCGGAGCUUAACGCUCUGUUCGACGGGCCGACGCAGCGAGUCACCGGACGGCUCAGCCAAGGGUCGACCGCCUCCACCUGUUCUCAGGAGGUCAAGGUUCAAGUUGGGGUCAGCCAUUCACUGCCGAUGACCUCGUCAAAGAGUCGGAGGUCAAGCCUGGCGGGGGAAGCACGUCUGGUUCAUCGGCUCGUACUGGUAAAGAGGAAGUGGAACAGUGGAACGCCACGACGACUGUGGCGAAAGACGAGGACUUUGACUGGGAGGAUGAUGACCUUUCAGUGA